GUUCCGUUUCCGGGGGCAGUAUUUAUGGUCACACUGGGAAAAAUGGAAAUUAGCAACGUUUAUCGUUUCACUUACACAAUUACUGUACUUUUCGACUGAAUGUUGGUUGCAUCUACUAGUAGGCUGACUACCUGAAUGGCAGAGCGCACAAAAGUUCCUGAUGAAGGCGUGUAGGUAAUACUUUGACAGCCCUGGAAGACAACAUGUCUGAAGAGGCAAUUUCAGAAAGUGACCUGGAGGCCAGCAUUGACAGCGAAGAGGAGUGUAUGGAAAAUGAGGAAGAGGAGGAGGAGGAGGAGGAUGAAGACCUGGAGGAAGACGAGGAGGAAAAUGAUGGAGACGACGAAGAUGACGGACUUGAGCGACCUGCAAGUGCCCAGAGUCGAGCCGAUGGGGACGGCAGGGACUCCAACUCAACUACCUCUGGAGAGCCUUCCUCAGAGCCUCCUUCCCGGCCGUCCUCCAGACCCGCCUCUCGAUCUCAGCCUCCGACCGGCGCGGGGAACUCGAGUGAGAGCAAAGCCGCGUCUAGAAAAACAAAGAAGGACAAAGCUUCUAAAUUAACAAAAUCACUCAAAUCUUCAAAAAGCUCCAAAACUCCAAAACCAGCCAAGCCAGCUCACCUGAGGAAGAACAUCAGAAAGAUGCUGCAAGAGGACCAGCUGGAGGCUGGAACCAAAGCAGCUCAGCAGGAGGAGAUGGAGAGGCGGAAACGACUGGAGCAGCAGAGGAAGGACUUCCCUAUGCAGGCCCCGUCUCUCGCGGACGCUCAACUAGUGGAGACUGCAGCUUUAUUAGCAGAAGUAUCUCAGUUGGUUCCUGCUCUCCAGGGGAAACAGGAUGUGAUCUGUCUGGAUAGUAGCGGUGAGGAAGAUGAGAAGGCGGAUAUAAAUUUGCCCGCCCUCGCCAUUGGAGACGAUAUAAUUGAGCUCAGUUCGGGGGACGAAGACACCCUGCAGAUAAGCAGCGAGUCGGCUGACGAGGAAGCCGAUGCCGCCCACGGCUCGGAGGAGAGCAGCGGCGCUCACAUAAACGACACGCUCAACUUGCCUGACGCCCAGGGUCGAGUGCUGGUGAACAUCAACCACCCUCCGGAGGAGAAAGACGUUUACCUCGCCCCGCAGCUAGCCCGAGCUGUUAAACCUCACCAAAUUGGGGGAAUCCGGUUUCUCUAUGAUAACCUGAUCGAGUCUUUGGACCGGUACAAGACCAGCAGUGGCUUCGGCUGCAUCCUCGCUCACAGCAUGGGUUUGGGCAAAACGCUGCAGGUCAUUUCGUUCAUCGACAUCCUUCUGAAGAACACGGAGGCCCACACUGUUCUGGCUAUCGUCCCUGUGAACACGCUCCAGAACUGGCUGACAGAGUUUAACCUCUGGCUCCCACCCCAGGAGGCACUUCCUCCUGACACCGACCCAACGUUCGUCACUGGCCGCAUGUUCAAAGUUCACAUUCUCAACGAUGAGCACAAAACCACGGUGGCCAGGGCCAAGGUUGUGGAGGAGUGGUCCAGAGACGGAGGUGUGUUGUUGAUGGGCUAUGAGAUGUACCGCCUGCUGUCCAUGAAGAAGAGCUUUGUGAUGGGGAAGAAGAGGAAAACAAAAAAACCAGCUGGGCCAGUUAUUAUUGACCUGGACGAAGAGGACAGGCAACAAGAGCUUAUGAAAGGGAUCGAAAAGUCGAUAUCACGGCCCGGUCCCGACGUGGUGAUCUGCGACGAGGGCCACCGCAUUAAGAACUACCAUGCCAGCACGUCGCAGGCCUUGAAGAACAUCCGCUCCAGGCGCAGGGUGGUUCUGACGGGCUACCCACUGCAGAACAACCUCACAGAGUACUGGUGCAUGGUGGACUUCGUCAGGCCCGACUUUCUGGGCACGCGCCAGGAGUUCAGCAACAUGUUCGAGCGUCCCAUCUUGAACGGUCAGUGCGUGGACAGCACACCCCAAGACGUCCGCUUGAUGCGUUACCGCAGUCACGUGCUGCACAGCUUGUUGGAGGGCUUCGUGCAGAGGCGAGGCCAUGACGUGCUGAGACACCACCUCCCGAAUAAGGAGGAGUUUGUGAUCUUGGUGCGGCUCUCUCCUAUUCAGAAGGCGCUGUACACCGAGUUCAUGAAGCGCUUCCGAGAGGCAGGGAACAGCGGCUGGCUUGGCCUUAACCCACUUAAAGCUUUUUGCGUCUGCUGCAAGAUCUGGAAUCACCCUGACGUCCUCUUCGAAGCCCUGGAGAAGGAGAACCAGGCCAAUGAGCAGGACCUGGACCUGGAUGACAUCACCUCGGCCAGCAACCCGCGCUGCCCUGCUCCCGGCGCCGGCCUGAAGACCAAAGUGGCCGACUCAAGCAAAGGCAACAAUAGCCUGCCGCCGCUCAAUCCGUCUCAAGAUAGAGCCAAUCAAGUCAUCACAUAUGAAUGGGCAAAGGACAUCAUGUCAAACUACCGGACAGGAGUUUUAGAAAGCUCAGCUAAGAUUGUUCUGCUCUUCCACUUGAUUGAAGAAAGUGUCAGAAGAAGAGACAAGAUUUUGGUCUUCAGCCAAAGUUUAAGCACUCUGACAGUCAUCGAGGAUUUUCUUUCAAAGAGACCCAUGCCCCCCGGCAUCGCCCCCAGCGACAGCCAAAACCAAAACUGGGUUCGCAACCUCAACUACUACAGACUGGACGGGAGUACAUCUGCAUCAGAGAGAGAACGUCUCAUCAAUCAGUUUAACGACCCAGAGAACAAAGCAGCGUGGCUGUUCCUGCUUUCGACACGAGCGGGCUGCUUGGGGGUGAAUCUGAUCGGGGCCAGCCGUGUCGUCGUCUUUGACGCGUCGUGGAACCCGUGUCACGACGCCCAGGCGGUGUGUCGCGUGUACCGCUACGGUCAGAGGAAGCCUUGCUACAUCUACCGCCUGGUCUGUGACUUCACCCUGGAGAAGAAGAUAUAUGACAGGCAGGUCUCCAAACAGGGCAUGUCGGACCGGGUGGUUGACGACUUGAACCCAGUGCUGAACUUCACCCGUAAGGAAGUUGAGUCGCUGCUGCACUUUGUAGAAGAGGAGCCUGAGGCUGAGAGGAUCUCACUGGAAUCGCAGAGAGAGUUGGAGUCGGUGAUAUAUCAAGCUUGUGAGCUUUACCCGAACCUCAUCACCAAGCCACCUUUCCACCAUGAGUCGCUGCUCAUGGACCGCAAGGAGUCAAAACUGACCAAAGCAGAGAAGAGAGCUGCAAAAAAGAGCUACGAGGACGAGAAGCGAGCCUCUGUACCGUACUCCCGCCCGUCAUACGCGCCCUACUACCCAACAAGUGAACACUCGCUGGCGAGCAUCGCAGCGUUUAACCAACGCGGCUGGCGCCACAUAACGCGGCCGGACGACAAGCCAGUCGCGAGUGUCAGGCCCAUCCAGUCGACCCCGAUCCCGAUGAUGCCUCGGCAGGUCGGCAUGGGAAUGGCCGGCUCCAGCUCUGCCGGCAGCCUUCCUCUCAACUUCCUGCAGAAAGCAGGAGUUUAUGUGCAAAGGAUUGUCACCACAACAGACAUCGUAAUCCCAGGAGCAAACAGCUCCACAGACGUUCAGGCUCACAUCAGCGCAGGAGAGAGCAUCCACGUCAUUAGAGGAUCGAAAGGUACUUACAUCAGGACGAAUGAUGGAAGGAUUUUUGCUAUUCGAUCUGGAAAGAUCAGCCGACCGGCAGCUGGAGCGUCUGCUCCAUCUAGAGCAGACACCCAAGUCUCCCUGAUCCACCCAGUGAGCAACGGCUGCUCGUCUCCGGCCGACCAGCCGCGGCGCUCCCCUGCCGCCGACCAGCGGCCCCCGUCUCCUCUGAGCUCGGACUUCUUCCAAGAGCUCAGCCAUUACGCGUCGUCCACAGGCAGCGCCACUGCCGGCAGGGCGAAUGAAUCGUCGUCGCUUCUGGAUUUGCCGUCCGCGACGGCGGGGGACGAGGGUGGCUCUCUGACCGGCGAUCAGAGCCGACAGCUCGGCAACGAACUGCUGAGCUCAGCCGUGGAGGCGCAGCGCGCCAGCAAGCGGAAACGUGACGGCGGCCAGGACAUCUCACAGACGGGAGGAAAGCACACCUCGGUCACGGCUCAUUUCCCCGGAUUGUCGGUGAACUCCGGUGGGCUCAGUUUCCCACCGGUGGGUCUGAACCUGGGGAACCUGGGGAACCUGGGUCAUGUGAGUCAGCCGCUUCUAAUGCCUGGAGGAGGAUCUUCAUUCCUCCAAUCCCCGGGACAAACGCUGGCCGACCUGCAGUCCAUGUUCCCCUCGGUGAGCUCGGACCUCCUGAGGCAGCCGGCCGCGGGGAACGGACACCUCCCUCCCUCGUCCUCGGCUUUCUCUUCCGCCUCCUCCACCAUUCCCAUGUCGUCUACGGCAACCUCCUCUUCCCUCCCGUCUGGCACUUUGCCUCCGUACUUGAUGAACCCCAACAUGGCCGGCCUGCUUUCUUCAGGUUUCCCUCUCAGUUACAGUCAGCCACUGCUCUCCUCACCAAGAAUGUUCCCCGGCCCUUUGCUCUCGGGGUCGGGGGGCUUCUCCAUGCCCAACUCCAACUCUGCGACGCCCAGUUUCCUCUCUCAUUUUACCAACCCCACCUCCAGCCUCCUGGGCGCCGCGCUGACGCAGCCGGACAGACACCCGAGCGCGGUGAACGGCGGGGACAGCUCUGAUGAUGACGUCAUAGAGGUGACGGGACAGUAGGGCUUCAGAAAGUCCCACUGCAGGUUUUUUUUUUGUUUGUUUGUUUUUAAACCGUUUUACAGUCAGAAAAUAAUCAAAAUACAUUAGAAAUGGGAAUUAUUAUACAAAAACGAUAAAACUUGAAGGCAAAAGGCCUGGAAUAAUUCUGUGAUAAUUACAUCCAUCAUGGUUUGAAAGUGUAUUCAGAAUCCAAAUGUGACCAAGAAGAGGAAAUGGGAAACUCAGCUCUGAGUUUACAUCUAAAGUGGGUUAAAUGUGAAUAAGUUAUUCCUCAGACAUAAAGUUGGCCACUGCUUAGUUCUUUGAAAUAAGCAGGUCACACGGGUUCUGUUUUACUCGGUGCCUUGCAGAAGUUUCCGUAUCCCUUACGGCCUUCCACAUUUUGUCAUGUACCAGUCACACACCUCAGUGUAUUUCAUUGCGAUUCUAUGAGAUGGACACAACUGUGUGCAUAAUUGUGAAGUCGAAGGAAACUAAAACGUGAAUUUGUUUUCACAAAUAAAAACCUUUUGAAGUGUGGUAUGCAUUUCUGUCCAGCUCCCUCAGAGUUAAUACUUAGUAUUUCCACCUUUAUGUGCAAUUACAGCUGCAGUUUCUUUGACAGAUUGUCAUAGCAAAUACAUGAGUUUUUGCCCAUUUUUCCAUCUUUCAAAAUAGCUCAAGUUUCAUCAGAAAAUAGCUCAAGUUUCAUCAGAAUGGAUGGACAGUGAACUUUCCCAAUUGGAUUCAUGUCUGGACUUUGACUAGGCCCAGACCUCUGAUUUGAUUUAAACCAUUCCAUUAUAACUUUUUGGUUCAAAUCAGCUUCCUUGUCUUUUGAUUCAAAACCGUCCCCUCAGCAUGACGCUGCCACUGUCAUGUUUCACUUUGAACAUAGUUUGUUUAGGGUGUUUUCUGCCUUAACUAACAUUUUGUGAUGUCGUCUGAUCAGAGCACCUGUGGCGCCUUCAGGUCUUUUUAUGGUUUUCUUUCUGCCUGUUCUUGCCAGCCUUUCAUUGGAGUGGAGUCUUGUCAACAGAUUACCCUAACUGAGUAGUGGCUGUCUCCAGCUCCUCCAGAGUUACGAGUCCCUCUUUUUGCUAAAAAUGUUGACAUCUUUAGCUGUCAUCUCACAACCCCGAUUUAAAGGUCACACCUUUUCCCUCCGCCCUGUCUGCUGUGUUUUUUACUAAUCAUAAGCUGAAUUUACAGUCUGUUUAAAUUAGACGCUGUAUUUACCAAUUAGGUUUCUUCUGAAGACAUUUAGCUGUUCUGGAUUUUAUUUAACGGUGUCAGAAAGAAAGGGAGCUGCCACACUUUUCAGAUUUUCAUUAGGACAACAUUUAAACCUGCAUUAUUUUCCUUCCACUUCCCGAUAAUUCACCACAUCAUGCUGGUGCGAAACACAGAAUCCCAACAAAACGCGUCAAACGCGUGGUUGUUAUGUGACGAAAUGUGAAGUGGUUCACGAGGGAUGAGUAAUUCCCAUUUCUAAUGCUCUUCAUCGGUCAAACACACACUGAUCGUUGUCUCGAAAUACGAGAAUCGGACUGUAAAAUCCUACAAAGUGCAACAAAAUCCUUAUGCUGAAUGCCUGCGUCCUGUUCAGCGGGAGCGUCGGGAACAGAUCCGUCAAACGAGGACCAGUCGAAUCUUAUCUGGCGUUGGCUCCCACAGCCUCUGCUACAUUUUUACACAAAGUGUCGGCGUUCAGCUUUUUGUUCCUAACAUUUUAAACAUGUGACGAAAGCUGCUUCCUGUUGGUUUUUCUCACGAUGAAUUGUUAUGUAACAGUUGAGUGUGGACAGGCUGAACACUCUGCUGCUGAACACUAGUGUUCUCCAUUUCCUCUGUAGAUAAAGGGAUCUUAGCGCUUGUCACAAAGUACACAAUCCAGUGUGUAUACACUAUAACGGUUACCUUGAAAAUCAGAAAUUUUAGGCAUAUUUUAGUCUUUAGCAGUUUGAUAGACAUUGUAGCAACCCCCUGUUUAAAAGAUACUUGUGACGCUGUCAUUGGACAUGUGGAUACUUUGUAAAUAAUAUCAUUGUUUAUAUUGCAAGUCGAUACCGUGCAGUGUGUGUAGAUUUCAGUCGUAGAGCGAUUGUUUAUCACAGCAGUGACCAUAAUGACAAACUCACCCCGGCUUUGAUAAGCGAGGAUAAAAAUGAAAUAUUUAGGAUUUUCUUUGUUUCCCUCCAAACUGAAAACGAAUGUACUUUCAUGUCAACAACACAGGGACUGGGACAUGGAUUUGUACUGUGUAAACUCUUUCUUUGUUAUUUUAAUUAAAUUUUUUUUCUUCCCCUUAUCAGCCCAAAACGGUAUUGAGUUUUGAAAUUCAUAGUUAGCUAAUUGCUUUUAUGUAUCAGACAGCUGGCGUUGUGAGGACAAGCAGCGAAUUUGAAAGCCAAAUGAAGCUCAAACCAAGGAGUAACGUUACUAACUCGUUCACCUUUACCUUUUAGUUGUGGAUUAUGCAUGAGUCGCCCAGUAAUUUGUUUUCAGUACUGGUCAGAAGUUCACCUGCACUCCUCAUCGACAUACAUACUUCAGACUUUUGUUGUUUUUGUUUGUUUACUUGAACUGUUUUUUUAGUGAGCGCUAAUAAUGAAAUUAUGAACUCUUAACAGGUUUAUUGCUGGUUUUCUCUGAAUAUCCAGUAGGAGGUUUCACCUUGACCUCAUGCUUUUUGCAGCCAUAAGCGAGCUUCAGUCAUAUCUCUGUCUGGAUAUUUGACCACACUUCUUUUCAAAAGUUGUAAAAGUUAAAUUAUUUGGCUACCAUAUGGGUCAUCCCUGAUAUUUAAUGUUGGCCCUCUUCAUUUAUUCCAAAACCAGUUUUGAUUUGUGCUUGCAAUCCUUAUCCUGCUGUAAAACGUGAAGGUUUUAGCUUUUCAUUUCAGGUGGUGUUUCAAAAAAAUGUACUUGCAGCAAAGCAUCCAAACAGCAUGAAGCUGCCGCCACCAGUUUAUGGUGUUCUUUGUUUGGAAAAGACUCGUCUCUACUCCUCUAGGUAAACCUCUUCUCAUCAACGGUUGGCGGUUUUAAACAGGGUACAGUGUUGACGGUAACACUGAUGUUCCAGCAACUUUCAGUUCAUGACAGACCUGAGCUCUGGUGGUUCCGCUGUUGUUGUUUUUUUCAGCAUCUGGACCAAUUUUACUUCAUCUGAUUUAAAAUGAUUUUACUCUUCUUGGAAAUGUGGUCAAACAUCCAUUUUUAAGUUUGUUGAUGGUUACAAAAAAAAGUGUGCGGUUUCUCUGGGCGUAUGCAUAAUUUUGACCUUGUGUGGAUUUGUGAUAAUAUAUAUAUAUAAAUAUACAUAUAUAAUGAAAUCAUUAGAGGUAUCCAUCAUCAGUCUGACCAAUCCACAAGCAGCUUCAGAUCAUUAUUAUUAAAGCCUAUUCACUUCAUACCCCAGAGUUCUGACCAGUUCUAGUCAUUUAACCUAAACCCCGACAUUGCAAACCGAGGAUUUUAUUUACAAGUCUGUUAGAACAAACAUCACCUUAUCUUAGAGGGAGCAUUGAAUCUGCACAGCUCGAGUGAACGAAACAUUCAGUGUCGCCGCCCUCAUUUGAACCCGACGACUUUUUUUUUAAUAUAUAUAUAUAUAUAUAUAUAUAUAUGAGUGAAACUGCCGGUGAGUGGCCGAGGCAGGUGAGUUGAUGCGGUGGCCUUACAAACUGACAGUGCCGUUAUGUGAUGAUCGCCGUUAGAUGCAGUGUGCGUAGCUUCUGUCAGGAGUGUCCCUAGGUGUUGGUUGCUUUAUGGCUGUUUUGGUCCCGUUUUCUGUAUCCGUCUGUUUCUGUGUCGCCUUCGAGGCGUUUAGAUGUAGGAAACGUCACUUUCCUCUGCUGGUAAACUAGGCUAGACGCAGUGAUUAUUGGCCUUUAGGAAACACUGGAUAAGCUGAGACAACAGAUCAUUCCCCGUUGGAGUUGCGUUUUUCAGUUUUCAAGUACGGGACCCCGCGUCCCUGCAUUUUGAGUACUGUUUGAUUUAUGUCGGCUGCUGGCUCCUCUUGUCUCCUCCCGGCUGCUUUAUUUCAGUUUUGUCGGAAAGAUUGUGGAUUUUUUUUCUUUUCUUUUCUGCGUGUCAAGAGAACCUGUGAUUUCUGAUUUAAAAAGUGGAGCUAGCACUUUGCAUAAGGAACAUUUCUUCAUAUUAACUGUGCGAGGUACAUUAUACUAACCCCUCUCUUUUCUUUCUAUAGUUUAUAGAAUAUUUUAUUACAGAAUAGUUUUUUUUUCAUGACGUCUAAUUCAGAUUAAUCCACUUGACGGUCGAGUCCUGCAUUUUGAUGUCUGAAAUGUUCUUAUUUAUAAUGUAAAAUAUGGUUUUUGUAACUGCAUUUUUUGUUACAUUUUGUUCACGUUGCCCCAUUAAUGGCUGAUUCAGUAAAAAUUUCAUACAUGCAGCCUAAAUCAAAUAAAAACUAUGUGAUAUCAAUGUUAUUUCAAAAAUAAAAUAAUCUUCUAAUACA